AUGAAGGCCACUAUCAUCAUCGGAGCGCUCGUCGCCGUUGCUCAAGCAGUCAAAAUCCCCUGCACCGGAACCACCUCACUGAGAGAGGAGGCGGCCAAGAAGAACCUUCUCUUUGGGUCCGGGGCGAUCAAUCCGUCCUACCUCGAUGAUGCACAGUUCAAAGCCGUUCUUUCCGAGCAGUUCAACAGUCUCUCUCCUGAGAACGAGUUGAAGUGGAACUUCUUCCAUCAAUCCCCAGAUCACUACGACUGGCAUAAGCUCGACCGCCUCGUCAAAUUCGCAGAGGCCAACAACAUGGCAGUCAAGGGACAUGGGCUUAUCUCGGGCUGCUGUAACCCAGACUAUGUGCUCAACAUCACUAGCCCAGCAGCUCUUCGCGCUGCGAUGACUACCCACUUCGAGGCUGUCAUGCACCGGUACCGCGGCAAGAUGGAUCGAUGGGACGUUGUCUCCGAGGCCCUCAAAGCGAAUGGCAGUGGCCUGGCGUCCAACAUUUUCUACGACACGCUCGGUCCCGGCUACGUUGAAGAGGCCUUUCGCAUCGCCCGAGCGGCAGACCCAGAUGCCAAGCUGUUCCUCAACGAGAACCUUGUCGAGGUACUGCCGAAGAAGCGCCAAGAACUCUAUGAGAUGGUGGCACAGCUCGUCGCGAAGGGCGUCCCCAUCGACGGGAUUGCCCUGCAGAUGCACAUCACCCUCCAGCCCCUGGUGCCUGGUGUUAUUAGAGAAAUGGUCAACUCUUAUAAGGCGCUCGGGCUCGAGGUCACCAUCGCUGAAAUGGAUGUCCAUACGUACAACGCUACCCAACAGACCGAGAUCUACGGCGAUGUUAUCAAGGAAGCUCUUGACUCAGGCAUUGCCGAUAUCAGCUUCUGGGGUUUCACGGAUAAACACGCCUACACCUGGCUCCCGGGAGCGAAACCCUUGAUGUUCAACGAGACCUACUAUCCCAAGGGCGCAUUCUAUGCAACUCAUAGUGCCCUUGCCAACUUUGUUCGGAAGUCUUGA